AUGUACGGCGGGCGGCAGAUCCCCGCGGGCACAGCCGUCAGCAUGGACGCCUACCACAUUCAUGUCAAUCCGGAUAUUUUCCCGGAUCCGCACGAGUUUAAGCCGGAGCGCUGGUUGGGGGACCCGAUGAGCUUCGAUGGCAAGCAUCGGCUUUCGUACUAUCUGACUUCCUUCAGCCGGGGCUCCCGCGUGUGCAUCGGCAUGUAUCUGGCCCUAAUGGAUAUGUAUGUGGCGCUGGCGACGCUGUUUCGUCGUCAUAAGCUGGAGCUAUUCGAGACGGACCGCAGUGAUGUGGACUUCAUCAUGGAUCUGGUGCGGCCGAUGCCCAAAUGGGAUUCGAAGGGGGUGCGUGUCAUUGUAAAGACGGGAGCACCGAUAUAA